ACACACGUACGUACACGACAUGAAGCCGAGCCAAAGACGACAUCAACUCUCUCCGUUGACUUCUAGGACUAGACCUGAGCCGACCUUUACUACAUUGGUGAUCUUGCACUUGAUUCGUCACCUAGAACUAAAGCAUAAUCCAACAUGCCUGCCAUCAUAGCAUUCCAUACACUACAUGAUGCUAAUGUCACCAUUUGUGAAGAUGGGAAACUUCUGGCUGUUCUGGAACUUGAAAGAUUGUUUGCCAAGCGUUAUUUCUGCAGUGGACAGAGGAAAUCUGUUUUCACAGAACAAUGGCAGAAAGCAAUAGAGGUGAUAACCAAAUUCACUGGUUUGUCUUCUUUUGAUGUGGCUGUCUGUAGUUGGGUGCUACCGUCACAAAGAGAAAUUUUGAAGACACUGGUAAAAGCAGAAAAAUGGAUAAUGGUUGAUCAUCACAAGUGCCAUGCUACAAUGGGUUUAUACGACUCGCCUUUCACUCAUCCUCUAAUCCUUUCCUACGAUGGCGGAGGUAAUGAUGGAACGUUUAAUGUUUAUCAAGGAAACAGACAAGAUGGAGUCAAACUUAUCGAAAAGGUCCGUCUGAAUUUGGGCAGUCCAUACCGUCAGGUUGCCUUGGCGAUGCCAGAAGUAACAGGGCAAGAGUAUGACCCAGAAUCGAUCACCACAUUCAUGAGAUUUGCCCCGCUUGCAUUGUCAGGAAAGGUCAUGGGCUAUGCAGCACUUGGCAAUGUAAGAGACGAGUGGAUACCCCAUUUUUACGAGUUCUACCAAGACUUCCUGACACCUCUUAUGACUAUCUACAACCUAGGGGAAAGACUAGGAGUGAGUCUAGAACUGAAUGCUCUGGAUAACACCAUAGCCAGAGAUGUAGCAGCAACAAGCCAGCAUGUCUUCACUCAGCUUCUCCUAGAACAGGUCUCAAAGUUCCUGGACCUUUAUCGCAAGGCCAAUAACUCUGAUCCAGAUGGGAUUGUCCUUACUGGGGGCUGCGCUUUGAAUGUACACGCAAACCAGAGUGUAAUAGAGGAGUUUGGUUUGCCGGUUCAUGUUGCAUCUGCCCCUAAUGAUUGCGGCAUCUCACUUGGAGCAGCUUGGAGUGUUGAAUGCCCUAAAGACCGAUGCCCGACUCUCUAUUCUGGUCUUCCCCUCUUCGAUGGAAACUACUUGGAUGCUGUUGCUGGAGAGAGGGGAGCGAGCAAGGCGACCAUCGCAGAGGUAGCUUCUCUGUUGGUCAAGGGUGCCAUCAUUGGUAUUGUGAGGGGUAGGCAAGAGUUUGGUCCAAGAGCCUUGGGACAUCGCUCACUUGUCUGCUACCCAAACAGACUUGCCUUGAAGGAAGAGAUCAACAAACUCAAAUCACGGGAGUGGUUCCGCCCUCUUUGUCCAGCCAUCACCGAGCGGUCUGCUGCUCGUAUGUUUCUUGGGAGGGAGUCAAGCAGAAAGAAGAGAUGUAAACCUAUAAGAGACUCAUCUCCACCCACACCACAAAGUCAGGUUGUUUCACCGCUUUGCCUACCAGCUGUACAGGGGGAUUCCCCCAGUGAUUGGAUGGGACUUUCCCCUUACAUGUCAUUUGCCCCGUCCUUAACAGAGGAGGCCAAGCAAUUAUUCCCAGCCAUUGCACACUACGAUGGUACAGCAAGGCUUCAGACAGUGUCAUCUAGUAGUGAACCAUGGUUCUAUUCCUUAUUAGAAAAGGUUGGCAAACAAGCCAAUGAUGGGGGCUAUGAGAUACUCCUCAAUACAUCAUUCAAUAUCAAGGGUCAACCCAUUCUUAACCACAUGAGCACAGCCUUGGAGAUCUUAGACUCCUCUCCAGAAGAUACGAUGACACAUGUACUCAUAGAGGAUUGGCUUUUUAUACCAAGGAGGAAGAAAACAUCUGGAGAUGAGUCUAUAUGACUGGCUUGGGGGACCUGAGUGAUGUAUUUUUUUAAUAUUCUGAGUAUAUAUGUAAUGUUGUUUUAAGGUUUAAAACAAUGCCAAAUAGUUUAUGAUGAUUCAGAUAACAGUAAUGAUCUUGGUGGUCACAUACUUUUUACAUUCAUGUUUUUUUUUUCCUUUCAUUCAAUGCUCUUUUUCAGCAUAAAAUGUUAGGGUUUUGAAUUUGUAAUGAAAACUGAGAUCUGUUAUAGGAAGUACAUGUAGCAGGCGCGUAUGUAGGACUUUUCGGUGGGGGGGGGGGGUUGGCCGGAAACUUCUGAGGGAACACAGCAACUCAAGAAGGGAGGGUUCCAUGGUGUGGAGCUUUUUUUUUUUUUUCAUUGUAGAAUUGUGUGUUCUGGUGUAUACUCCAUGACAGGGUUAAGACCAGUGAACAUAUGGGACGUUUGGAUACUGUAGUGAAAUGUGACCUGUUACAACCUUCAAUCUGCCAUUCAUGGCUGCUGCCCAUCGUAACCCUUAACCUUGAGAUAUUGGAGGUUGAUCCCAUACCCUUGAAGACUCAACGUCAGUACAGCUUUCUCUACUUGAUGUAUCAUGGAUCUCUCCUUCUUGUCAGAUAUUUUCAAUAAGCUGUAUCCAUCCUUGUCUUAUUGUAUUGCUUUUUUAUGGGCUUCGCAGUGCCCAAUAACAUUCUUC